AUGUCUUCACCAAGCACUCACAAACUCUACGCAUCGGAAGAUAUUGCUUCUCUCAAUAUUGCACGUAAUAUUGGUUCUGUCAAAGGAUGGCAUGUGACAGGAGAUUAUAUUACCGUUGGUACAUCCAAUGAUGCAAGUGUUUUUGUCUAUGAUAUUGCUCUCUUAGAAAAUCCAAAUAAGGCACUAAUCAGUGUCAUUCGAUCUCCUUUCAAUCAUGUUUCAAUUACAAGUGUAUUCUUUGAUUCUGAAUUGAAAGCAGUAUUUGUUUCCUAUGAUAAUCAUUGUUUGUGUAUCUUUGAUGUCCAUUCAGGUGAAAAGAUUGGUCAACUGAGAGGAGUGAAUUGUAAACAAUUAUUUGUGAUGAAUCAUCAAUUAUUAGUGGCACAUGUGUCAAGUCAUGAUUCUAUUAUGACCACCAACACUACUGCCACCAACACUACUCGGAAUUCAACCUCUCCAAAAAGUUCAACUACUACUACUACUACCAACAGGAGUACUUGUUCCCAUCCACAACAAUCUCUGAUUCAAAUAUGGUCCAUUUCAACAUCAACAACUCGACCACCUUUUACCCAACAACAACACUCACGUACCAUGAAUCUUACUUUGAAAUAUUCCAGUUGUUUGAAAUAUUCCAUUGAAAUUUCUCAUCUCUCACCUCAUACCAUCUAUUUGGAUGGAAAUGUCAAGAAAGAAAUGCCAGUCAUUGUUGCUGGAUUUAGUAAGAGUAGUGGUGGUAGUGAUAGGAAUGAUCAUAGUAAGAGUAGUGGUGGUAUUUUAGUCUUGUAUGAUUUAUUGGAUGAAUCUGACAAGAACAACGACAAGUAUGUGAAAAGUUUGGUCUUUGAAACAACACCAACAACAAAUACGACCAACACAACAACACUCAUCCAUUCAUUAUCUCAUCAUUCAUCUCAAAAUAAUAAGGGUGUCUAUUGUUUUAGUAUUGAUCAAGAUGGAGAUUCUCUCGAUGACAUUUGCAUGUGUGGAUUGUAUGAUGGUACUCUGAUGGCAUUUAAUGUAACACAAAUGAAUCCCGAAGAAUCAAGAAUGAAUUUGGUAUUCAUAAUGGAUGGAGAAGGUCAUACUAGUAGUAGUAAUAGUAAUAGUAAUAAUAACAACGAAUCACCACCACCACCACCUUCACAAUCACCUCCAUUCCAUAAUAGUAUUGAAUGUAUUGCAUUCGAUGGUACUCUCAAGAGAGUAGUGAGUGGAGGAUGUGAAGGAACUAUCUGUGUGUGGUCUUUUAAAAUUGAGAAGAAAACUAACUUCACUCAUUCCACUCUUUCAUUCACUUUGAUCAAAUCUCAUUUGAAUAUUCAUGAUGGAUUUGUGACAUGUAUGACUCAAUGCGAAGAUAAGGUUGCAACAGGAUCACAAGAUGGUACGAUUAAGGUAUUUGAUAAGAUGGAUGGUUCUCUGAUUUAUAAUUUAGAUCAAAAACAUGUCUCAUGUGUGACUCAUUUGGAUUUUAUUGAAUCACAUUUAUUAUUAAGUUCAAGUGAAGAUGGUACCAUCAAAUUACAUGUAUUAACAAAAUGA